CAUCCGUAAUCUCAGUACUAGGGAGACUACUAGGGAGUAUGGAGGACCACCACACCAUACGUUUAAGGACAGCCAGGGCUAUACAAUGAGACCCGCAGCAUUCAGAAAAUGGAAGCUUGAGGAUGGUGAGUUCAAAGUCACCCUCAGCUAUAUAGAAAGUUCCAGAGUAACCUGGAGUGUAGGGGCCGCCAUUGAAAACUUCAGGGCCCUGGGGAAGAGGCUGAAGGGGAGGGUAGAUCAGUUUCCAUUUCCUCUUCUCUGGAGUCGGUUUCCGGUUCACCUUUAAACCAUAUCUGCACCUGUGGCAGCCACCUUUAUUGACGAUGGGAACCAGACCACCCAGCAAAGAUUUCUGUGCUCCUGGAUCAUAGUGAGACCCCACCCCUGUACCAGGGGAUAAGGAAGACACGGGGAAGAAGGCAUUUAAAUCCAAAAAAAACAAAAACAAAAACAAAACGGAACAAACAAAAAAACAAACAAACAAACAAAAAACAACCCAGACCUCUUAGAAUCUGGGGCCCAUUCUCUGGAGAAGUCUGCAAAGCUUGCCAAAAAAAAAAAAAAAAGAAGGGAAAAAAACGGUUCUCUCAUUUUAUCUUAGGGUAUUUCUUUUUUCUUUUUUGAAACUGGGUCACAUAUAGCCUAGGACAACCUUGAACUCCUGAUCUUUAUGCCUCCACCUUCCAAAUGCUGGAGUGACAGGUGUGUGUCACCAUGCCUAUCUUGCAUGCCCAUUUUACAGAAUAGGAAACUGAGGCUGGGAGUAGGGAAGCUAGAGAGAGAGAGAGAUGCCUGUGAGGGUUAGAGCUGCUGAGCCUAGCAGAACGCCCCGGGGGGUCCGAAGAAGCUUCGGGUUCUGCAUAGGAGGAGCAGCGCGGGAGCACCAAGCUGCGGUGCGGCUCCGCCCCCACGGGGGACGUGAAGACGCGGACCCCGCGCAGCGUGGGGACAUGUGACCGACUGCAGAGGCCGCGCGCUGCAUCCCCGGCCCCGCCGCGCUGCUGCGCAGGACGCGGUGAGGCGCGCGCCGAGGCCCGGGAGCACCAGCCGGGAGCACUACAGGGCGCGCGAGCAGACGCGUGGACAAGGCCUGGGCGGGGUCUCCUCAGGGUCCCCAGCUUCGGUCAGAAACGAAACUGAAAGAGGGGCCCGAGGGAGGCGGAGCUGCGCCGACGCCACCCAGGCUUGCGAGGCCCGGACCCAGGCGCGGCCAGGUGUGCUUCAGCCACCAUGGCUCAGGAUGGCGUGGAGUUGGAGAAGAGCGUCAGGCGCCUCCGGGAGAAGUUUCAUGGAAAAGUGUCCCCCAAGAAGGCAGGGGCUCUUAUGAGGAAGUUUGGCAGCGACCACACUGGAGUUGGGCGCUCUAUCGUGUACGGUGUCAAGCAGAAAGAUGGACAGGAGCUGAGCAACGAUUUGGACGCUCAGGACCCACCAGAGGACAUGAAGCAGGACCAAGAUAUCCAGGCAGUAGCCACCUCUCUGUUGCCCCUGACGCAAGCCAAUCUUCGAAUGUUCCAAAGAGCCCAAGAUGACCUCAUCCCUGCCGUGGACCGACAGUUUGCCUGCUCCUCCUGUGACCAUGUCUGGUGGCGCCGUGUGCCUCAGAGGAAGGAGGUGUCCCGGUGUCGAAAAUGUCGGAAGCGUUAUGAACCAGUGCCAAACGACAAGAUGUGGGGUCUGGCAGAGUUCCACUGCCCAAAGUGUCGCCACAACUUCCGCCAUCCCCUCAGCCCCUCACAGCCCUGCUGGCCCCCAGGGGCUGGGCACAGAUGGGGUCCCCAUCACCCUGCUAUGGGUGCGGCUUCCCUGUGUAUCCCACUCGGAUCCUGCCUCCACGCUGGGACCGUGACCUGGAUCGCCGCAGCACACACACCCACUCCUGCUCAGCCGCAGAUUGCUACAACCGGAGAGAAAUGGCUCCUCUCUCCCUCCCAUGGAGUUUCCAGAAGCUCUGUGGCGUCCAGCCUGCUAGGCCCGUGGUCCUCACUACCUAGCCCCACGUGCCUGGGACCUCCUGUGCCCAUCCCAAGAGCCGGAAGCAGAAUCACCUCCCCAAAGUCCUGCACCCUAGCAACCCCCACAUCAGCAGCGGCUCCACAGUGGCCACAUGCCUGAGCCAAGGAGGCCUCCUGGACGACCUGGACCACCUCAUCCUGGAGGACCUGAAGGAGGAGGAAGAGGAGGAAGAAGAGGAGGAUGGUGGGCCCCGAGAGUGACCCUGGCCAGGUGCACGAAGGAAUGACAGACACAGUGAAUGGACACCUCCUGUUGCUAUAAGAUACCAGCUCAAGGAGAUAGGAGCACCCUUGGGGGGGUACUCAUGGGACAGUCACAACCGAACAAGCCGGGUCAGCAUAGCAGCCUUCUUCAGAGAGUACGCCCCACCACGGAACUCGGCCCAGUAGACCCCGUCCUGGUAUCGGCUCCGGUAAUGACCUCCGUGAUACCAUACACCAUUGAGGUUGGAGUGGGCGCAGGCAUGGUACCACCAGCCCCCACGAUGGUAGAGGGCACAGUUGCCUGAGGGGGGAGAGAGAGGAGAGAGAAAGAGACAGCAUUCGUUUUCCCACCAAAAUAAAAGUAUCUACCAGCACUUCUUUGUGCAAAGCUUUUGCAAGCAAGCAUUCCUCAACCUUCCAUAUCUUAUUGAAUAGAAGCCCUGAUACUCCAUUUCUUCACCAAAAUAAAAGGCUGUGGCUUCUCA